AUGAACCUUCAUGUGCGGCCAUUAUUCACGAAAACCGCCCCAUUUUCAGCUCACAGGCACGCAUUUCUGCGUCCGUCUGUUGUUUUCCUCGCUCCUCGAAUAGUCAAUGGCGGGAAAGAAUUUAGUCUGCAGGAGCGUAAGCUGGCAAGAGCCCGCAAUAAUUCCCCGCUGCAAGUGAGCCGAGGAGGUCAGGAGAAUCGCGUCCGCUGCUCCGCGACUAAUAACGGGCAGUCCUCAAUAGCCGCGGGCGCGGAAGACUGGGUGACGCGGUAUGCGGACGCGCUCAGGCUGCUGCCGCUCGCAGCGGGAGCGGCGGGCGGAGCGGUGGUGUUGGUCAACCGCGUGGUGUGGGGCAUUCCUGCCGUCGCUGACGCGGGCAGUUCCCCCUUCCGAACACCCUCCGUACCCACCACCAUGUGCCCCUCCCCUCCCCUCACCGCGCGCCAUCCAUUCGCUCCCCCUUACUUCGCCUGCCGUUUCUCUGCCAGCGCGCAGGCACGCGCUGACGUCAUCUGCCUUGUCCUGGCCGCCUCUAUGGUGCUGUCAGGACUCUCGUGGCUGGCGCUGCGACCCAAACCACAGACCCCGGUGGCCCUCAAUGGUGUUCCCUGCUACCGCAUGCUGCCAUCCCUGCCUCAACCCGUUCAACAAGAGUUGAACUGGCACGUGCGCCUUCCCUCCUCUACAUUCUACACUAGAUACGAGCUCUUUGAGUUCCUUCCAGACAACACUCAGGCUGCAAUAUUACAACCCCUAGGGGAUGGAGACGGGGUGAUUGUUAUGGGCAGCGAUACAAUCAGAGGCUUCACGCCUCUCCAUCAGGUGUGGCUUGGGAGCAUUGCAGAGAAGCUAGAUGCAUCAUUGUCAGCACUCCAGGAGCAGGGUUGA